UUGUGUUCCCCACCAAAUUUUCUUCGUUACCUAAUGUUUCUUGGUCAUGUCUGUCUGACUCAUUUGCCACUUUUUUUUUUUUUUUUUUUUUUGUAAAUCUCUGUUUCUUUCCUCACUUUUUUCCCUUUCCAGCUUAAACUAUUACUAGACCCUUUUAAAGAAUGAUGAAAUGGGUAUAAAUAUGUGCAUUUAUCAAACUAGAGGCUUCACAAUUUGUACGAUCAAUGCAAUAUUAGGUGGCUGUUCAAUGAAGUUUCACUACCUCGGACACAUUGUUCUUUAACAAGAUUUUAUUAUUUCUGUCAUUGAUGGGCUGCUUUCACUCAAAAAUCUCCCGAUACACCCCUGGUUACGAGAAGCCAACAGUGCUCGCUGCUGAAACAGCUUUUACGGUGAGUGAAGUUGAAGCAUUAUAUGAGCUGUUCAAGAAAAUAAGCAGCUCUAUAGUUGAUGAUGGGCUCAUUCACAAGGAAGAGUUUCAGCUGGCACUUUUCAGGAACCAAAACCGGAGAAAUCUGUUUGCAGACAGGAUCUUUGAUCUCUUUGAUUGUAAAUGCAACGGAGUAAUUGAGUUUGGAGAAUUUGUUAGAUCAUUGAGUGUGUUCCACCCAAAUGUACCAGAAGCCGAUAAAAUUGCAUUUGCAUUCAGAUUAUAUGAUCUAAGGCAGACUGGGUGUAUUGAGAGAGAAGAGCUAAAAGAGAUGGUUUUGGCGCUGCUACAUGAAUCAGACUUGGUUCUUUCUGAUGAUGUAGUUGAAAUGAUUGUAGAACAGACAUUUACUGAAGCAGAUAAAAAGGGUGACGGGAAGAUAGAUCAAGAAGAAUGGAAGGAGUUUGUCUCAAAGAAUCCCUCUCUUCUAAAGAAUAUGACCCUUCCAUACCUGAAGGACAUAACUUUAGCAUUUCCUAGCUUUGUGAUAAGCUCUGAGGUUGAUGAUUUGGAAGUCUAAGCUCAUACUUAGCAAAAAGCAUGCGCAGUUGAACUGGUGAUGCAAGAAGUGCAAAAAAGGUCAAGAAUCCGACAAACAUCAGGUUUUGCAUCGACUUAGUUGGAAGUUCACCACACAAGAGUGAACUCAAGAGGCAGAUUUAUCAGUUUUCUGCCAUAGUCUCCAAUUGCUUGGCAAGAUGUACUACUUUUUAAAGUUUCUAGCUAGUCAGCUGGAGUUAGAAAGCAAGGUAGCAUUGUUCAUAUUAUAGUUCUUCAAAAUCCCGUUGGUCUAGGCUAAACUUUCGACAGGGAUUGUUCCAAUUUUUUCCCACUUCUCAUGUACUUAAAAGCUCUAUCAUGUAUAAUAUUUGAGAAACAGCAAUUUUUUGUGAUAAAGAUGCUAAAUUUUUUGUCGAGAUAAUAAACAUGUAAAAGUUGUGCCA